AUGCCUCCUCAUCCUCACCACCAACACCACCACCACCACCACCAUCAUGAUCAACCACCACCCCCAAAACCCAAUCCCAAGCUCCUAUCUUCAAUCCUCAAAGCCCUCAUAAUGACCUUCAUAACCUCAAUCUUCUUCCUCUUCCUCGGCUUAGUCGCUUUCCUCCUCUUCCUCAUCCUCGCCGCCGACGCUCUCCACCGUCGCCGCACCCAAUUCGACCUCCCCUCAUCUGGGUUCUCCCCCAGACACUUCAAGACCCUCCCUCAGUUCCGCUUCCGAACCCAAAACCAAACGGCAUCGUCAUCGUCCGCCCAGUCCGACUGCGUCGUCUGCCUGGACGCGUUUCGGGAAGGCCAAUGGUGCCGGAAACUCCCUGCAUGUGGUCACCUGUUCCAUAGGAGGUGCCUCGACACGUGGCUCGUUAAGGUUUCGGCUUGUCCCAUUUGCCGGACACCUGUUCAAUUAGGGAACACCGCCUCCGCUGCCGGUGAAGAAGAAGAGGCAAAGCGCUUGUGGAAUUUUAAUAGAAACACUAGUUCAAGGGUUUGGUAG